AUGAGCUUAGGUUCCCAGAUCCUAUCGUUCCGGUCGAACCUUGCGGAUAGCCUUUCAAUUGUUCAGAGUAACUGUGGACUUGGCGCAUCGUCCGAUCCUGUUGAGAAAAUAACCAAACCUGUGCCGUUAUUUGAUUUUCUUCGUAUCGCCUCUGCGUCCGGCCUCCGCCAGUAUGCCCAAGAUUUUGCGGAGCAAGGACUUAUGAGCGCAAGGUUGGGCGAUGGGGCCGACUAUAUUGUCGACAAAGUGAAAAGCCGGGACGGACAGAUUGUCGUUGUUAAGCAUGUCAAAGCUAUCGCUUCGCUGGACAUUGGGGUAACACGGUCUUCAAGUGAUGAGAGCUCCCAAAUACGCAAGGUUUUACGCGAAAUUAAAAUUGCCACGCAUCCAGCGCUCAAAGAAAACGCAAAUAUAUUGCAAAUGAAAGGGUUUGGUUGGGAACUAGCAGAAGGUAGUCUGGCAAUUCCUUUCCUAGUGGUGGAAUACGCAGAACAUGGCACUUUGCGGAGCUACCUUCAGAAUAAUCGGGCUUUCGGGGCAGCGAAAGGGCUUCAAGCUCUGCACAGCAAUCGCAUCGCCCAUGGGGACUUGAAGCUAGAGAAUGCCCUGGUGGUAUCCAGCGCCUCUGAGCACGCAGCGUUAAAGAUCACCGAUUUCGGAUUAUCAGUGGUGCUAGAGGACGAUGCGGGUUUAUAUGAAUACUUGGGAACCUUGUGCUAUCGACCGCCUGAAGUUUGCCAGCAAGCUGGUGAUUCUUCGGCAGCAGGAUUGAUCACUGGAUCUAGCUACCGAGCUUGUGACAUUUACACGUGUGGACUCCUGCUUUUGGAGAUUUUGAUUGAUGGCGAACGUUACUUUGGCCUAGCUGGUCAGCAAGUUCAGCUGGAGGAGCGCUCUGCAGCUUUGCAAUGUUUACUACAGGUGGCCGACCAAAAAUCUGUGGUCCUUGCUACCAUUAAGAGCAUGGUGGAAUCCUGCCUACACGCGGAAGCUGGGGAGCGGCCACAAAUUCAAGAAAUUGUUUCCCGAUUUGGAGAUGUUAAGGGUGACGGAGAAAUGCUGGGAGAUCAAGAUGUGUCUCCCUUCACAUUUUCGGAGUUAUCUCGCGAAGAAUCUGAUGGUAUCGUUAACAUGAACCAGUUGUUUGCAACUCUGGUCGGCCACGAACUUCAUGAUGGGUUCGUACAUGUCGCUCCUUGGAACAUACAAGAAUUGAUAGCGGAGGGUUUGCGUGAGCGAACUACCCUCCCUAACUACAAGAUAGCUUUGCAAGCUUGUUUAGAACUGGGAAUAUGCCAUUACUUAGGUUUUGGCGUCGAUAGAGACCAAAGAAAGGUCCUGCAGUAUAUGGACCACGCCGCAAUUAAAGGGAGUUUCGAGGCUCGCCGGAUACGCCAUCGACUACACGGGGCCUUUUCAGAGACAAUGGAGCCACUUAAUGUACAAGUAGAACUUGAUGACCAAGAGGAAUUGCAACUCCAGCGUAUCCUGCUGGCCGAAUCAGCCCACCGAGAGGUUAAUCCUUUUCAGGUAUUCGACGAAGUGGUCCAGGGGGACUUUCGGCUUCAGAUGGGUGAUGAAGAGCUUACCCUUCAUCAGGCAGCCUAUAUAGGGGAUCUAGGCCUGAUUCGAGAGAUUCUAAAAAGUACAAGGGACUUUCAAGAUGACCAGGGCCGCACAGCUCUGUUUCUUGCCGUCCAAGGAGGCCAUUUGGAUGCCAUGGAGAUGCUCCUUGAGCUAGGCGACAGCGACCCUAGCAUUUCAGAUUAUGAUGGUCACACCGCCCUUCAUAUGCUAGUCAUGCUAAAAAUUACAGAAGUCGAAGCUGCCCUGUCCCUGAUGUUGCGGUUCUACCCCGGAUUGGACCUGGAUGUCUUCUCUUCAUCUAUUCUCGAUGCAUCGGAACAUUGGUGUGAGUUAUGGGGUGCUCCACUCCACUGGGCUGUUUUAGCCGGGAAUAGAGCGAUGACCUUUUGUCUGGUGAGGUCAGGAGUGCGUGUUCAUGACUGGCCUGAGGAUUUAUGCCCCAUAAGAAUCGCUGUUUCUCUUCAUUUGUCCGACAUCCUUGAAAUACUUCUAGCGGCAAUUCCAACCAAAGUUUUUUUCCAAGGAGGAAAUAUGCUACUGGCUCUGAACUCUAGUAAUCCAUUUCGGAGACUAUUAUUGCAUGGUAAAAAUUACGUCUCCGAAAUCGAAAGGACUAUAACAUUGCUCACGAGUACAUACUCUAGUGUGGGUGCGGGGAACUCAUUGAUAAAAGGCAACCCUUUACGGAACAUUUUGAUACACAACUUUUCUGACAGCGAUUACUAUAUUGCAAAGGCUCUGGUUGCAGUCGGGACAUACAAAGAUGACAAUGAAGGCUGGACGUUAUUGCAAUCUGCGAUUCUGGGUUGUCGUGGCUCACCGUUGUCAUCUGUUUGUCGGAUGGCCCUUGAUAUGAUUGACAUUUCACAGGACUUCAGACUGAGGAGCACGGACUAUAAGAAAGGAUGGAUGGCGUUGCAUUGGGUAGCUGCUGGCGGUACCGUUCCUGUGGCUAAGAUGCUGCUUCAAAUUGACCCAGACUCCAUAAACGUUCGCACGCAAGAAGAGGAAGAAAGAACGCCACUUCAUCUAGCAGCAGAGGCUGGAAAGAGCAUUGCCAUGGUUAAACUUUUGCUCGAUCGCGGAGCCGAUGCCUCCUUAACAACAUCGGCCCUGAAGCUUACUCCACUCGGUACCUUCAUUAGCAAUGGAAGAAGUGAGCUUAAUAUCGACAUAUUAACAGCUCUACUGCAGGCAUCGAAGCGGACAGGUUACUUAGCAUUUAGCUCCGACAAUUGGAAUGUCUUACACUAUGCUGCAGCUCGUGCCGCGAUUCUUGAUUCAGAGUCGCUACCUGGCCAUGUUCUCCUAAGGACGCUUGCCUCAAUGCAAGAGAUGAAAUCGCUGAUCGAGUCGACUACAGCACGAGGAUGGACUCCACUUCAUCUUGCCAGCUAUUUCAUUGAUUAUACAACGAUAAGGGUGCUAGUAGAGGAGAUGAAUGCAGAUGUUCGAGCACAAACGCCGAACAACGCAACAGCCUUUGAUAUUGUGAUGGAGCGAGCAAGACGGUUCCCUGAUAGUUUGCGUGGAGCAGACUCCUUUGCAAGAUGGAGCAGGCAAGCAUAUCGCUCUGCCCUUUCUUGCAAUUGAAACUCGAAGAAACCCAAGGGUCAUACCAUCUCACGCCGCUACACGUCGCAGCUUACAUGGGAUAUCAUGUCGAGGUUACCAAGCUCAUAAAUAAAGACCCGAAUAGCGUCUUUGAGACAAACUGGGAGGGGAAGACGCCCUUACAAAUGUUGCAGAACACAAUGCCCACUCAUAUAGAUGCAAAGUGGGCUCAGAGAUUUUGUAGGCUCGCAGAAAGAGUCUGCGAGGUGCUCAUGGUUGUCGAGAAUGAAAGGCACAGGAGAUAAAGAUGCUU